UUACGUGUGUAUAAAAAAAAUCUACAUGCUUUAAAUAUAAGCAAAAUCAUAACCUAAAAAAGUAAUUUUUUUUGUUUUUCCAAAAAAAAAAAAAAAAAAGAUAUAUAUAUUUGUAUAUAUAUGUUUGUUUUCUUAUAUAUGGCAUAAAAUACACGUUUAAAGAAAAAUAAUAUAGCAAAAAAAUAAAUAAAAACAAAAAAUCGUAUGUUAGUCACGAUUCUCGUAUAAUAUUAUCAUUUUGUAAAAAAAAAAAUUAAAAAAAAAAAAAAAAUUCAAAAAUGGUACGCGAUACACAUAAUGACCAUGUAAGGCGAAUAAAUGAAUUAUUUGCUGAUGCAAAACGACGUUCAUCAUCCGCUGAACCACCAAAAUAUGUUGAUAUUGAAUUAAUUAAUAAAAAAUGUAAUGUACAUCGUGGAUUAACAGCAUCCCAACAACAUCAACAUCCCCAACAUUCUCAUUUACAUUCAACAAAUCCAAACAACAAUUAUACAAAUAAUUAUUUAAAUAAUCGUCGUAAUUCAAAUACCAGCUCAUAUAACAACAACAACAACAAUAAUAAUAAUAUAUAUGGUAAUUUAAAUACAACAAAUAAUAAUAAUAAUAAUACAAAUACAAAUACUAAUUAUAAUGAUAUUAUUAAUAAUAAAAAAAUGACAAAUAUAACAGGAACUGGUACUACACAAUCCAAUAUAAGUGGUGUUGGUGGUCCUUCACCAUUAUUAUAUAGUAGUGAUGAUGAUAAUAAAGCAGCAGAAAAUUUUAUUAAAGAUUUACAACAACGUCAAUCAUUUUCCGAAAGUUAUCAUCGUGAUAAGCAAAAGAAACAAUUACAUGAUACAUUGGAAGCGAUUACUGGUGAAAAAUACAGAAAACGAAAUGUAUGGAAUUCAGAUUUUGGAAAAAAUAUUGAACAUCCAUCAGCUUUUCCAUCUUUAUUACGAUCAAGUAAUGCGACACCAUUACCACCACGUCAAAAAGAAUCAAUUGCUAGUCAAGUAGCAGCAGAAGUAAUUGAAGCAACAGCAGCUGCAAUGCGAGAUAAUCCAAAUAAUGAUGAUAAUUACGGUUAUACACGCCGAUCAAGUGUUAAUUCAUUAAAAAAUGAUUCAUUAAAUGGUUCUACAACAAAAUUAAAAUCAACAACAAAAUAUCCAAAUUUUGGUAGCGUUAACAGUAAUUUAAAUAAUCGUCGUGAUAGUGCCAUCAGUUUAAGAAGUAUACCAAGCAGUAAAAGAAAUAGUUUUGAUCGUACUGAUUCUACAUAUUAUAAUGGAUCACGUGCCGGUAGUGUACCACCAUCAUCAACAGCAGCAAGACGUGGUUCAACUAGUUAUGAUUCAACAUAUGGCAGUUUACCACGUCGUCGCAGUUCAAUCGGUUAUGAUUCCGGUAGUUCAACACAAUUUGCAACAUUACCACGUAAAAAUGGUAUUAAAGAUACAAAACGUUUUGUUAGUACCGGUAAUUUAUUAACAAGAAAAACAUCAUUAACAUCGGAACCAAGAGAUUAUGUAAAUACAUGGACUAAAUUACAUAAUUCAAUACCAACAAAAUAUAGAACAACUACAACAACAACAACAACAAAAACAACAUCAACGACACCAACAGCAAAAACUCCAAAAAAAACUCAUUCAAUAUUACGUAAAAGUAUUUCACCAACAGCAUUCGAUAAUUUAGAUUCAGAUACAAGUGGUGGUGAUACAUCACGUAGUUCAUUAACAAAAGAAAAUUUAACAAGACAUGUACGUAUUCUUGAAAAUACAGAUCAUGAUAGACGACGUUUUCAAAAUAGUAUAUUAGAAGAUGCAGAUGAUAUUUUUCGUGAAUUUCAUAAUAGCAAUAGUGAUGGGAAGCGUUUCUCUAUUGAUUCAUUGGAUUUACGAAAGAAUUCGGCAAUCGAUUUAAUUGAAGAAGAUAUUUUAGCAAAUUUAUCGAUGAAUGAUGAAAGUACUGCAGAAGAAACAACAACAACAAAAGAAAGAAAGGGAGAUACAGAUCGUCCUCAAUUUGUUGCUGUGACAUCAUUAGAUGAUUGCCAAGCAAUACGUUGUGCUGAAUUUCAUCCAAAUGGAAAAUUAUAUGCAGUCGGUUCAAAUUCAAAAACAUUUCGUAUAUGUGAAUAUCCAUCUUUAGUUGAAAUCAGAGAGGAUCAUACUGCAUAUCAACCGAUAAUUGUAUAUGAAAAACAAAAAUAUCAUAAAGGAUCAAUAUAUUGUAUGGAUUGGUCACCAGAUGGUGAAUUAAUUGCAACUGGAUCAAAUGAUAAAACAAUAAAAUUAAUGCGUUACAAUGAUGAUAAUAAAGAAUUGGAAGGACGUGAAAUUGAAUUAACAAUGCAUGAUGGAACAAUACGUGAUAUCUGUUUUAUUGAGGAUACAUCAAAUAAAGCUAGCCUAUUAAUAAGUGGUGGAGCUGGUGAUAAUAAAAUUUAUGUAACUGAUUGUGGUACUGCAACACCAUUUCAAGCAUUAAGCGGUCACAGUGGUCAUAUAUUAUCAUUAUAUAAUUGGGGUGGUGCAAUGUUUGUAUCAGGUUCACAUGAUAAAACAAUACGAUUUUGGGAUUUACGUACUAGAUCAUGUGUUAAUACAAUAACACCAUCAACACAACCCGGUAUAAGACAUGGUAGUCCAGUUGCAGCAGUAUGUGUUGAUCCAUCUGGUCGUUUAUUAGUAUCUGGUCAUGAGGAUAGUUCAUGUGUUUUAUAUGAUAUUAGAGGAAAUCGUCCAAUACAAUGUUUUAAACCACAUACAGCUGAUAUAAGGUCUAUACGAUUUUCACCAUCAGCAUAUUAUUUAUUAACAGCUGGUUAUGAUAAAAAAUUAAUGUUAACUGAUUUACAAGGUGAUUUAACAUUACAAUUGCCAUCAGUAACUGUUGCACAUCAUAAUGAUAAAGUGAUAUCGGGACGUUGGCAUCCAACAGAUUUUUCAUUUUUAUCAACAUCAGCUGAUAAAACAUGUAUUUUAUGGGCAUUAACAUCAAAACCGUAAAGAAGGAAGACAAAAAC